AUGGUUUAUAUUAUAUUUAGGAAAGUGAAAGAUGCGUCACGUGAGAAGGAAAGGUUUCUGGAAGUUUAUCCUCAGAUGAAACAGGAGCUUGAGGAGAGCAUCAGGAAGCUCCUCGCCCUUGCAGACAAGAUUGACAAGGUGCACAGGGGCUGCUCCAUCACACAAGUGGUGGCCAAGUCCACCGGUGCUGCAUCUGGAGUCCUGACAGUCAUUGGUCUUGCUCUGGCACCUGUGUCAGCAGGAGUCAGUCUGGGACUUUCAGCCACAGGCUUGGGACUUGGGGCGGCAGCAGCUGUGACAAGUGUUUCCACAACCAUUGUGGAAAAGGUGAGCACGGCGUCAUUAGAAGCUGAAGCUAGAGAGCUUCUGAAAGAGAGCAAAGACACUGCGAAUGACAUUAAAAACAACAACACUGAGAAGGACAUUACAGAAUCAUUGGAGAAGAUCACUACCAGGCUUGUUUCUGUAUCUAAGCAAUUUGUUAAGAAUGUGGAUGACAUAAAGAAGAACAUCGAUGCCAUCAAGCUGGAAAAAGCCAACCCUCGCCUAGCAAAUAAAGCUAAGCGUCUAAUGACCACAGGGAAAGUGUCAGCCAAAAGCACGAAAGAGGUGAAGAAAGCCUUUGGAGGCACUGCUCUGGUAAUGACCAAAAACGACCGGAUCAUUGCUGCAGCCACUGCAAGUCACUCCCUAGCACUAGAUAUAAUUAGCAUCAUAGAAGACACAAAGCAUUUGCAGGAGGGUGCAGAGUUUGCUGCAAAGCUGCGGCAGAAGGCUCAGGAAUUGAAGCAGAAAUUGCAGGAGCUCAUCCGGGUUCAUGACAGCCUGACUCAGUGACCUCUUCUUC